UGGUUUAUAACGAGAAACGAAUUGACUGAAGUUCACAGACUUUCUUCAUACUUUGUUCGAAAAGGAAUAACAAUAAAAUAAAUUGCCAAAAACGAAAAACGUGCCGUUUUGAAUUGGUUUUUCGAUUUUUGAUUCUGUCACCAAAAAUGGUUAUUUGGUUUUUCAUUUUGAAACAAAAAACACAUAAACGGUAUUUUCGUUUUUGUAUUACAAACGACUUACGGAUUAUCCAGAGAUACCCAGACCCCCACGGCAGCACUUGCUGCUCGUUGAUGAAUGUUUAACGAUACGUGCUUUUACGUUAGAGUUCGCUAGUCGCCUACAUUAAGCAUCAUGAACACCGUGACCGAAGUCCAACUCAUGACAUGACCAUCCGAGGAGCACGCAAAUGCAACAUUAUUCUAUGACUCCCAGCACAUUUGACCAAGAUUUAGACAUGUCACAGAUGGAGCUGCCACCUCGUCCAACAUUGUUUGACUUCCAUGGAGUCUCCAUGAUCAAACAUGUCACUGAGAACUGGGACAGCAUACAGAACUUCAAAGCCAGACCAGAUGAUAUUCUUAUAGCUACUUACCCUAAAGCAGGAACCACAUGGGUCUCUUACAUCCUGGAUCUUCUGUAUUUUGGCCAGACAUUUCCAGAGCGCCAGGCGUCCAUUCCUAUUCAUGAAAGAGUGCCGUUUCUGGAGAUCAGCGCACCUUCUCGACCCUCAGGUAAAGACUUGGCAGACCAGCUUCCCACCACUCCUCGUCUCAUUAAAACUCAUCUACCAGUCCAGUUUGUGCCCAAGUCCUUCUGGGAGCAGAACAGCAGGAUAAUCUAUGUGGCUCGUAAUGCAAAGGACAGUGCAGUGUCCUAUUUCCAUUUUAACCGCAUGAACAUUACCCAGCCAGAACCAGGUGACUGGAGCACGUUUCUAAAGGAUUUCAUGGAGGGAAAGAUGGUAUUUGGGUCAUGGUAUGACCAUGUGAAUGGCUGGUGGGAGAAGAAACAGACAUAUUCAAACCUUCACUACAUGUUCUAUGAAGACCUGAUUGAGGACUGUGGACGAGAGAUAGACCGUCUCUGUUCCUUCCUUGGCUUGUCUCCUUCAGCUGAAGAGAAGGAAAGAGUCACAAAUGGAGUGACGUUUGACAACAUGAAAGCAAACAAAAUGACAAACUAUUCCUCUGUCCCAGUUAUGAAUCACAGGGUGUCUCCUUUCAUGAGAAAAGGGAAAGUUGGUGACUGGAAGAACCAUUUCACUGUGGCCCAGGAUGAACCGUUCGAGGAGGACUACAAGCAGAAGAUGAAGAAUCCUACACUGAAGUUUCGUACUGAAGUUUAAAGGCUUAAUGAAGAGUCCUGAACUGUGAUUCAUUUGAUGAUACUGAGUCAGAUGUUAUAUUUGAUUAUCAAAGAUAGUGUCUUAUUAGUGUGACAAGAUUGUCUUCAUUGUGACGUUGAAUGACAACUUUCAUAUUUAUCCAUUGUUGAAUCUUGUGAAUAACAGCUGUAAUCAAUAACAAUCUCUUGGAAAUAAUAUCAGCGUAUGUUUAAACAUGAACUGAUUUGUGAUCACUGUCGCCCUGGCUCGCUUCCCUACAGCGACAAGUAAAAUUCAUAAACUGUACCAGUGACUUAAACACUGCCCUUUACAACUGUUCCUCUAAUAAAGAAAAUCAUGCGAGAAACAA